AAAAAAAUGAACAAAGAGCUUUUUAUUUAACUAGGGCUUGUCCCCAGUACUGAUUCAGGCAGACUGUUAAAAUCCCCUGUACCAGAUCACUUAUUUAUUCCUGGAACCCAUUCUGGCAAAUGAGAAGGUGUUCUCAAAAUAAAUAGCUGUGUGCGUUGUCACCCAUAUUAUUCCUGGCUGCGUGUGAGUCUGACUGUCUUGCAUUGCCAGGUAUUUUAACAGAGGUGAGAAGAACGGAGUUGUAGGGUAGGUGCACAUCAUCUCUGGCUGCAGUUGUGCCCACUGAGAAGUCUGCUGCUGGCCGCUGCUUGCUGGCAUCCCAGCAGCAGGGGCAAUUGCUGCUCCAGUUUGCUGGCUGGUAUGCUUGAGAGAGCUCUUCUCUGACUUAUUUCAGAUGCUGACUUGUCUCUGUUAACUCGAGUUAGCAGCUAGGUUAUGUCUUCUAAGUUUCAGCUGGCAAAGUAAAUAGUAUGGCGUGUCUCUAGAAAAUAUUUGCUAACUCAAAUUAGCAGUGUUUGAGUGAAGCAAUCCAGGAUGUCGCACAGAUAGCUCAGUGUGCAGAGCAGAGAGGGUGAUGAUGUCUGGGAGGUAGAAGGCAGUGGUGGUACCAAGCAUCUGGGGACAUUUACCUCUGCAGCUGGUGCACUUGGAGCCAUAAGAAAACCAGUGUCUACACUGAUAACGGUGCUGCUCUGUGUGUCUGCAGUGGACCUCGUCACUUCAGUGUUUUGAGUAAAGCAAAGAAUGAGUGGGACAAAACUUCCAUACUCGGGCUGUGUCCAAGGUCAUAAAUCUUGAAGGAACAGACUCCCUAACAGCACUGGUUCCACGGAUGUCCUCGAGGAGCUGACCCCACUUCUGGCCGUGCUGGCCCAAACACAAAGAUGGAGUGUCAGAAAAUUACCAAUUUUGGAAACCAGCUUCUUCGACGGAAAAAUGUGGACUGCACUCGAGAAAAUAGUCAGCUCUCCCGAUGCCUCAACACGUUUGACUUGGUGGCUCUGGGUGUAGGCAGCACUUUAGGUGCAGGUGUCUACAUACUGGCUGGAGCCGUGGCACGGGAAAAUGCAGGACCUGCCAUUGUUAUCUCCUUCUUGAUUGCCGCCUUGGCUUCAGUGCUGGCUGGACUCUGCUACGGAGAAUUCGGUGCUCGAGUUCCUAAGACGGGAUCAGCUUAUCUCUACAGCUACGUGACUGUGGGUGAGCUGUGGGCCUUCAUCACAGGGUGGAAUUUAAUCCUCUCCUAUGUUAUCGGAACCUCAAGCGUGGCCAGAGCCUGGAGUGCGACGUUUGAUGAAAUCAUAGGUCGGCAUAUUGAAAAAUUUUUUGAAAAAUACAUGAUGAUGGACGCUCCCGGAGUUCUAGCAAAAUACCCAGACAUCUUGGCUGUGGUGAUAAUCAUCAUCCUAACAGGGCUCUUAAUUUUUGGCGUGAAGGAAUCUGUCCUGGUGAACAAAGUGUUCACCUGCAUCAACAUCCUCGUCCUUGGCUUUGUCAUGGUCUCUGGCUUCGUGAAAGGGUCUACUAAAAACUGGCAGCUGACUGAACAGGAAAUUUACAACGCCAGCUGCGGCAUUUAUGGAAACAAUCAAACACAGAAAGAAAAGCUCUACGGUGUUGGAGGGUUUAUGCCCUAUGGAUGGAAAGGAGUCCUCUCAGGGGCAGCCACGUGUUUUUAUGCUUUCGUGGGAUUUGACUGUAUUGCUACUACAGGUGAGGAGGUAAAAAACCCUCAGAAGGCCAUUCCUAUUGGCAUUGUGGCAUCUCUGCUCAUCUGCUUCGUGGCUUAUUUUGGCGUGUCAGCUGCCCUGACGCUCAUGAUGCCUUACUGCCAGCUGGAUACCUGUAGCCCUUUACCCAAUGCCUUUAAAUAUGUGGAUUGGGAUGGAGCCAAUUACGCAGUGGCUCUUGGUUCCUUGUGUGCGCUUUCUACGAGUCUCCUUGGCUCUAUGUUUCCGAUGCCUCGAAUAAUUUAUGCUAUGGCAGAAGAUGGUCUUCUCUUUAAAUUUUUGGCUAAAGUCAAUGAGAAGAGAAAAACUCCAUUAAUUGCAACAGUGACAUCAGGGUCCAUUGCAGCUAUUACGAGCUUUCUCUUUGACUUGAAAGAUCUUGUGGAUCUCAUGUCCAUUGGGACCCUCCUGGCUUACUCCUUGGUGGCAGCCUGCGUAUUGGUACUGAGGUAUCAGCCAGAACAGCCUAAUUUGGCAUACCAGAUGGCUAGGACAACAGAGGAGACGGAUAACAACGAGUCUGUAAGCACCAGUGAGUCGCAGGCUGGAUUUCUGCCAGAGGAAGAGGAGAAAUGUUCCCUCAAAGCCAUACUGUGUCCCCCAAAUUCAGACCCUUCUAAAUUCUCUGGCUCGGUGGUGAAUGUCUCAGCCUUCAUCAUUGGUUUCCUUAUCGUGGGUAGCUGUAUCCUGACUGUCCUUGAACCAAGCAUUGUGAUAAAGGCUGUAUGGAUUAUUGCUGCCAUCCUUGUUCUUAUUGUCAGCUUCGUUAUACGGAAACAGCCUGAAAGCAAAACCAAGCUCUCCUUUAAGGUACCUCUUUUGCCCCUUCUUCCUGUUGUGAGUAUUUUUGUGAACGUUUACCUCAUGAUGCAGCUAGACCUAGGCACAUGGGUACGGUUUGCAGUCUGGAUGCUUAUAGGCUUUAUCAUCUACUUUACUUACGGAAUACGGCACAGUGUGGAAGCCACCCACGCAGCCUCAGCAGUUGUGGAGAGAAACAUGGACACUGGUUUGGACAGCUGUAAAUGACUGCACGUUUGGCUUACUGGCAACAGGGGAACAGCUGCAGUGAAGGAAGCUUUGUGGUGGGGAUCCCGAACCAGGUUACAUCUGGUAAUGCGGGACUCCCCAGCCCUGUUGCUGCAGCUUGCAGUUUGCUUAGUAGCAGAGUUAAAAGGGAUCACAAG